AUGACCUCUAGUGGCCAAAAUACAAAAGCACAAGUGCAGAAGCUCGUUUUUGUGAAUAACACUGAUGUUGUUGUUCUGUCUUUAACAGGCUUUUUCAGCCUUCGCUUCUGUCUUCCUCGUCAGUAUCACUUCAUUAAUGAGAAUAAGACCUGGUCUGAAGCACAGAGAUACUGCAGAGAGAAUUAUGUUGAUUUAGUCUCUAUUAAUAACACUGAAGAGGACUUGGCCCUUAUGAACACAAUAGGCAUCUGGAAGAGCAACAGAACCUGGAUUGGACUGUAUGAUGAUCUGAACAGCUGGAAAUGGUCUCUGGAUGAUGAUUCUUUCUACCAGAACGAAGAGAGAGACUUUAGAAGCUGGUAUAAAAACAAACCAAGGAACUGGAAUGGAGAAGAUUUCUGUGUGUUUUUUGCAGUUUAUUAUGCAGGUUGGAGGGUGGCCUCUUGUUCUACAACACUUCCAUUCAUGUGUUUUGAUGGCAGAGUGAAUGCCAGUGAGAGGUAUAUUCCAGUUUAUCAGCACAUGAACUGGACUGAAGCUCAGAGAUACUGCAGAGAGCAUUACACAGACCUGACAAGCGUGAGGAACGAGACUGAAAACCAGAAGAUCAGAUCAUUAUUAGCUGAUAAAAAGCAAUUAGACGAUAAUCAUUAUUAUAAAUACUAUGGUGAUAAUUAUUAUUUCCAUUAUUAUUAUAACUAUCAUAUGCAUAAACCAUUUUGGAUCGGCCUGUACAGAACCAGGUCUUGGUCAGACCACAGCAACUCUUCUUUCAGCAACUGGAAACCUGGACAACCAGGUAAUUAUAGCCAAAAUGAAUCCUGUGCUGCCGUCUCAUUUAAUUAUGAUUAUUAUUAUGGGAAAUGGACAGAUGAAAACUGUGGUCAAACUUUUCCAUUCCUCUGUUACAGUAGGUAAAUUUCUGUUAUGUCAUGAAUAAAACUGACAAAGCACUUUUAAAUAUAAGCUCUACAGUGUUUGAUGAUAGUGACAGUAGUGUUAAUAGUACAGAUGUUCUUUCUUUACUUUUACUUACAUCUAACGAAGAAAAAAACAACUUAUUCUUUAGCAAUGUCCUCAAACUCCUCUCAUCAGUAUCACUUUGUUAAUAAAAAAUAAGACCUGGACUGAAGCCCAGAGAUACUGCAGAGAGAAUUACACUGACCUGGCUACCAUUGAUAACAUGGAGGAAAUUAACACACUCCUAAACACAGUAAAUGGCAGCUACUGAGCUUUAACCUGGAUUGGACUGUAUGAUGAUGUGGACAGUUGGAAAUGGUCUAUGGAUAAUAAUUCUUUAUACCAAAAUGGAGAAAGAAACUUUAGUAACUGGUACA